AGAGAGAGCAACAAGGGAGAAAGAGAGGGAGUGUGUGUGUGCGAGAGAGAGAGAGAGAGAGAGAGAGAAAGCGAGAUAGAGAGAUAGAUGGGGGGGUGGGCAGGCAAAACAAGCCACAUGCAUAAGGAGGAAGCCAGAGGCACAGAGGGAGAGUGUGAGUGUGCAUGUAUGUGUGAAAACACUGCGCAUGUGUGACUGUGAGGUGCACUAAGUGGAGCAGACGGAGAAGGAGAAAGAGGAGUAAUGAACGGCAGCUGAGACAAGAGGAGAGAUAACAGCAGAGGAGAGGGAAAGAGGGAGGACAGAGGUUUUACCUGAAAAAAACAGACGAAAGAAAGGAAAAGAAGGGAAAGGGACGCACGUGCUGAGAAACAGCGCAGACGCUCAGGUCACUGCCCCGAAUAAGCUGAAUAAUUUGAGAGGCUUAGGUAGAGGGAUGGAGAAAGAGAGGCCAGAAGGAGAGGCACAGUUCGGAGGAGAAGGAGCAGGGGUGGGAGAGUGAAGGACAAAGGUGCCAGAGGAGAGGAGGAGAGGAACGAGGGAUGCAGAGCUCGACGCAAGCAGCCUGAGACAUGACGCAUCCACCUUGUAACAGCUUCCUCCAUCUUACAUCUCCUCCAUGUUUCCUCCCCCCCGCUGCUGCUGCUGCUUGUCGUUCAUCCUGCUAGAAUCGAAUGGACAGGAGAGAGCAUCCGCCCUCUGGUGAGACAUCCGCUGAACAAAGAGACUGAGCGGCUUGGUUUUAUCCUCGCAGAGCAGCAUCAGCAACGUCGACAGCAACAACUGGAACGGGAGCGAGGAGGCGAGAAAGGACUAGAACAAGACAAGUGCGUAGGCAGACAGGUAAAGGAAUCCUGAGGACAUGUUAGGAGUCUGAGACACUGGAAGAGGGAGACAAGCACAGAGGCAUUCUUCAGACUGUUAUCACAUCUUCUGCUCAGUUGGCAGGACUGUCCGAAAGUCCCAAAUAAAAAACUUCACUCCCACCUCUGAGGAAUUCAGGAGCCUUGGAGCUUGAAGGAGUCAUUCCAACGGAGCAUUAUUGGACACCUCCCUAUAAGAGACCUCCUCCCUCUUCCUUAUCAACAAGCCACCGAGAGGGUCACACAGGGUCGCCUGACCAAAGUGGGCUAAGAGCGGAGACAAAGACUGGAGGUUAUUCUUUUUUUUCUCACGCACUCAAGUCGGUGCGCGACAAACCUGUGGCCAAAAACAGGAAGUUAAGCGGGCGUUUGGGCGAGAAACACAUCUAAGGGCUAGUUUGAGAAGGCAAACGUUUCCUUGGCAGGCCACAGGAUAUAGUUAAAAACAAUACCAAGACCUUUCUGAACUGCCUGAACUCAAUCCCCACCCCCACCCCCCAACUCUGUGAAUGCAGAUAUCCACCAACCUGUACUGUAUGUAUAUAUGUGAGCAUCUGUGUGCAUAUGAGAUUAUUUAUUGGUGUUAUCACUGAGUGAGAACAUAUCUUUGUGCUAAAGUACUAACUGUCCUUGUGCGUGACUAUUCUGCUAAUAGCCAUCAGAGAGAGCACAGGAACAUCAGCAUAUGUGACUUAAAACAACAAAAAAAGCUACCUUUAAAAAGUCAACACUGGUCAGAUACUGUAAGCUGGACUGUUAAAUCAUCUGUACAUAUCAGAUCUGCAGAUUGCGGUGCUCUGGCAGAGCUCCUCGAUCUGUCUUCCCUUCAUAAAGACUCAGGCUCACAGUGGGAUCUCUGAGGGAAACAUGGAGGCAACUAUCCGUCCCCAUGUUCCCUCGAAUGGCUGACUUGAGAGAAAGAGCCCAAUUCUUUUCCCCUUGUCCAGAACCAGGCAGGGGUGUCCAGCGCUGAUAAGAGCCACAGCCCCUCCCUCCUCCACCUCCAAAAACGUGCGAAUGUCCUGCCUCAGGCGUCAGCCCGUCACCAUCCCCAUGGACACCGUCAAGAUCAUCCAGUCGGAGAAGUUCCCCAGAGAGUGCCCUGUGCCUGUCACCCAGCCGCGCUAUGCCCCGCCCCCCAGAGUGGCGUGGGACGGCGGAGGUGAAGGCGAAAUCAUCGUCAACCAGGCCUGCAGCGACCUGGCCCUGGACAUCGCUGGCUCCCCCCGGCCUAUGGUGUCCCCAGCGGCCCCCGUGACGCGCAGGGAGCAGAGCUUCCUGGCGCAGCGCAAAACCAGUGCCAACGAAAUCUGCUACCACCAGUUCCACUACAAGAUGGAAGACGUCAUAGUCAACCAGUACGUGCUGCGCUCCUCCUCCACCUCCUCCUCCACUUCUUCCUCCUCCUCCUCGGGGCCCGUCAUGCCGUGCGAGCCCCUGGACUGCCCCACCUGCGGUCACACCUACAACUUCGCCGGCAAGCGCCCGCGCAUCCUCUCCUGCCUGCACUCAGUGUGUGAGGAGUGCCUGCAGAUCCUCUACGAGUCCUGUCCCAAAUACAAGUUCAUCUCCUGCCCCACGUGCCGGCGCGAGACAGUGCUGUUCACUGACUAUGGCCUGGCUGCUCUGGCCAUCAACACCAGCAUCCUGAGCCGCUUGCCCUCUGACCCCAACGGGCCCGUGCAGUGGGGCGGGGAUGCCGACCGCAGCUGCUACCAGACUGUGCGCCAAUACUGCCAGUCAGCCUGCACCUGCCAGAUCGCCAACCCCUUGUCCUCCUGUGGCAUCAUGUAGACAAGGGGGGACACUGCAGGCAUGACUGGACUCUGCCGCCCUGCCCGCCACCACUCUUUUCGUCUAUAAGCUCUCCCCUCUCUGCCAACCCCCCCCCCCCCUCACACACA